AUGGAAAAGACGACAAAGAGGUCACGAGAGUCCCUAACAAUCUUACUGGACACUCGAUACAACAACAGGCAGAAGGAAAAGGAAAUAAAAUUAUUUGAAAAUAUAAAAACGGACAUUAGCAUUAUCAUCAGCGAGCAACUGAAGAAACGAUCGAAAACAGAGUUCGAAUUGAAUAAUAUAAAAAAAAAAUUUUCAUAUUUAAAAUGCAUGUCUGAAGAGUUGGAGAGACAGAUAAAGGAAGGGAACAAAGAGUUAAAAGUGGAAGAAGAGUUAAUUAAGAAUUAUUUUGAAUACACAACGACCAAUCUGAGUUACGUUUUUAUCAAAUACGAAAAUAUCAUUAGUGAUCUGAGUGAUCAGAAUGGAUACAUGAAUGUAAAAUUAAAAAAUAUAAAAGAAAAUGAGUUAACGACAUUUGACAGAGCGUAUGAAAUGCUGGUGGAGAAAACUAAUCAACUUACCUCUACAAAGGAAAAUAUCAUAAGCAUGCAAAAAGAAGUGCAAAGUUUGAAAAAAAAAUAUGAACAUGUUCAGGAAGAAAUAGAGAUAAAAAGGGAAGAAAAAAAUGAUGUGGAAAAUAAAUACAGGGAACUACUGUCUAGGAUAGAAGAAUAUAAAAAGGAAUUUGAAAUGAUAAAGGAAAAAUGUAACUCCCAAAUGAACGAAAAGAAACAAAGUUCGAUCGAUUUAAACAAAAUUGAGGAGCAAAUGGAAGAAAUGCAAAAGGAAAUCUCAAGUUUGUGCAAUGAAAAGAAGAUAAAAAAUGAUGAACUACAAGGAUUAAAGGACGAACAUGACAUAAUCUUAAACGACCUGUAUCGGUGUAACUCCCAUAUCAAUGACAAAUGCGACCUGCUAUGUGAGCAGAUAAACGGGUUAGAAAAUGAAGUAACUGCCAUGCAGGAGGAGAAAAAUGAACUCAGCGGAAGUUACAAGCAAUUGGAGAUAGGUCUGAGUAAUGUAUCCCACUAUUGUGAAGAAAGCAAAAGAGAAAACGAGCAGGAGUCUCUCCUCAUAAAAGAAUUAAGUGAUGAACUGAUCAAGAAGAAAACCAAUUUGAAGAAGACACAGGAAGAAUUUUCACAUAUAAGUGAGAAAUGCAAUGAGGUCAAAAAUGAAAAUGCAAAGGUACGAGAUAAUUAUGACCAUGUGAAUAGAAGGAUGGAGGCAGUGGCCAUAUCCAUGAAUCAAUGUCGUUGUACGCUGCAGGGACAUGAAACCGAAUUGGCACAGUUAGAGAAUGUAAAGUUGGAAAAUGAGAAAACGAAGGAAGAAAUUUUAAGUCUUAUGGAAAAAUCAGAAAAGUUACUCCUUGCGCAAAAAGAUUUUUUUUUUAAAUUGUCCAAAUUGUUGCAGCUAGUAAAUUUGUCCAACGAACAGCUAGCCAAUUUAAAACGCGAGGCGGAGGAUGGGUCAGAUAAUAAUGAUGUGGAGAAGACCUACGAAGAAUUAAAAACACACUUCACGAAGUUAUCAGCUGAUGUAUACGAACAAGAUGAGAUGCACAACUCACUCCAAAAAGAGAUAAACGAUACUGCUAAGAGGGUUACCGAACGGGAGGAAGAAAUUAAGACACUGGAAAAUGAGCAGGCUGAUUUGCACAAUCGGCUGGAGAUGGUCUCCCAAGACCUAAGCAAUAUGCAUUUAGAAGUGGCCAAGCAGCAAGGUACUUUGGAGGAUAAAAUGAAAGAGACGAAAAAUGCGCUCACACACAAGUAUGAUGAGUUGGUUGAAUCGAUCGCUUCCCAGAUUAAGAACAAGCAGGGUGAGCAUAAUAAUUUUGUUAAGCAGGGUGAAUUGGAAAAACUCGAAUUCGACUUUCAGUUGUUUCAGUCCGAGCUGACCGCCACCCUCGAGAAGGAGUGCGAACUGAAGAGGCGGCAGAUAGCCGAGAAGGACGCGCAGCUAAAGGGAUAUCAGGAGAGGUACACCUCGUUGAAGGGCAUCUGA